GGCCGACGCCGCCCGCAUGCAGCGUGUCGUCUCGUUCUACGAGAGACUCCCUCGCGGUCCCGCUCCCGAGCACAAGCCUUCCGGCCUCCUCCAGAGAUACCAGCACCGCUACUUCAACGGCAAGAACCCUUCGGCUAUGCCCCUGGUUCACGUCAUUGGCACCAUGAUCCUCCUUGGUUACGCCCAGAACUACUACUUCCACUUGCGUCACCACAAGAACAACGCCCACUAAAUGGGGCAAUCAGGCAGGCGAUGGUAGCAUGCUGGACGGCGAGGAAAGCAAAAGUCAAAAACCCCGUCUUUGUAAUUAUACAGCAUAAACCGAGAUUGUAGUAACUGGA